CCUUAUUUUACCCGGAGUGUUUAGGAGGAAGCACGCUUCCUGGAGGUGGCAGGCUUGUACGGCAUUGAGAAUGGAAAAGUAAGGCACGCUGAGUCGGGAGUUGGAGAUGUCCUCCCUUUCCAGCUAUGCCUUGCGGAUGGCGCGUCUCAGCGCCCGGAUAUUCGGAGAAGUCGCUCGGCCAACAGAUCCGUCCUCAAUGAAAGUCGUCAAGCUGAUGAGCGAACCGCCAUAUGCAAAACGGAAAGAAGUUUACGACUGGUAUCCUCCCCACAAUGAGUACCACGGCCUCAUGAAGAAGCUGCGUUUCUAUGGGCUCUACAGGGAUGAACAUGAAGAUUUCAAAGAUGAAAUGAAACGUCUGAAGAAGCUCCGUGGAAAAGGACCUCCGAAGAAAGGAGAAGGAAAGAGAGCUAUGAAAAAGAAAUAGCAUUACAGUGUCACUGAUGCUUUAUUUAAUAAAACCUCUUGGACUUAA